GUUAAACAUUAAAACAAUUAAUAGAGAAAUUGCACAGAAUUUAUGUGCAAAUACAAUCGAUUAUAGAAUAACGUCAUUGCUACUUAUUUCGGCGCAUAUGGAGCGUUCAAUUUUGUACCUGGUAAAUCGAUACGAUGGCCAGCGGGGUCUUUGGGGCCUCCGGCGGACGAACCGUAUUGUGGAUUCUAUGGCGAGAAACCUGAAUGCAAUGCGGCCACAGUCACGUGCAUCCAGUGACGGUACAGUCCAACAUGGGCAAGUGUUCACGACAGUUGCAACGUAUAAGGGAAUUGUUGUGGCUGUCAAGCAUAUAAAUACGGAUAAGAUUGACCUAUCCCGAAGACUUCUUCUAGAGUUAAAACAUAUGCGAGAUCUCCACCACAGUAAUAUCACAAGCUUUGUUGGCGCAUGUGUGGACACCCCAAAUAUUUGUAUAUUGAUGGAGUACUGUUCUAAAGGUAGUUUACAGGGUCUGCAGUAUAUACACGGCAGCAUUGUGCGUUGUCAUGGUAGAUUGAAAUCGUCCAAUUGUGUGGUUGACAGCCGAUUUGUGUUGAAAUUAACCGAUUUUGGUUUAGAGAAAUUCAGAAAAGAGGAGGUGGAAGCGGAGAAAACGCAUGCAUGUUAUACAAAAAUGUUGUGGUGUAGUCCAGAGAUCCUUCGUCAAAAUGACUCGCAGCAAGAUUCACAGAAAGGCGAUGUUUAUAGCUUUGGUAUCAUAUUGCAAGAAAUUGUUUUGAGGACAGAACCGUUUGAAAAUCCAGAUAGUGACCAGACAUUGACACCCCAAGCUGAACAACUUAAAAAGGGACAGAGUGUACGACCUGAAGCUUUUGAAAGCGUCACGAUAUAUUUUAGUGAUAUCGUUGGUUUCACCUCAAUUUCCGCAGCCAGCAGUCCAUUAGAGUUUAUCGCAAAAAAUCGUAUUAAAGGAUUAGUCUCCUGUUACAUAUCUGAUGAAUACGAACGAGAUCCUUAUUAG